CGUAACAAUUUCUUAAAAUUAAUAAAACAGAAGUUAUUCCGUUCAUUCUAUGAAUAAAAGAUAAAGGAACAGAUCACACACUUGAAAAUAAUGGGCUGUGUUGGUUCCAAAAAAUCUGUUUUCAGUUCACAAUCUGCCUGUGAACAGGAAAAAGAAAUAGUUGAGAAAAAGCAGAUGUAUUCGUUUUCUCCAUCUACAGAAGAGGUAAGCGAAAAACCAGUUUGUCGCAGGUAUUAUUCACCAACUCCUCCAGAUCCAUUCACUCAUUGGUAUGAAAGUAAAAAAAUAUACGUGAAUCCACCAGAAUCCAGCAAAAGAGAAACAUUUUAUAAGUACGAAUUCCCCAUCUCGAAUUAUUUACCUAAAGAAGAAAAGCAGCAAAAUUACCGUUUACCUUUUUAUUCGGAUUCAAUAUUUGAUUAUGAAUUACUUUUAAAAUCGAAACAGAGCUCAAUGAAUCUAUUUACAAAAGCUGAACUGGAUGAGAUGCUCAGUAAUAUUAUAUGCACGCAGCAAUCGGAUGAGGCUUGUGGUGGAGAGCGUUCAAUCACUAGAAUAGAGAUAUUUACUCCAAAUAAAGAAGAUAAGGAGAAAAAUUCGGAAAAAUCAACAAGCCAAGCAAGUUUUAUUUCAAAAUGUAUCGGAAAACAGAUUAUCAAGUUUAUUUUUACACAUUUUCAACCAUAAAAAAGUCAGUUUUUAAUUAAUUAAAAUGAAGUUAGAUCUUAAAAAAGAUUAGGCGCAUUUCUAUUUUAAAAAUUAA